UCAAAACAUACCCUGAAUCUAAUUCGAUAGCAAACGGUUUGCAUAGCUCCGACAGACGGAAAACUGCACCGGCAACCAUGGCUCCAGACAUCGAGGAAGCAGAACCGCUAGCCAACACCGCCACCACCAGUUCACCAAACAACCCGAUAGUCAAACCUAAAUCCGACCCGGUACUCGCUACCUGUCGGUGUUUCAGCUUCGUCACUGUUGUCGCUUCGCUUCUUUGCAUUAUCGCUAAUGUGUUUUCAGCCAUCCGAUCCUUCAGAAAUGGAUAUGAUAUAUUUGAUGGCAUUUUUCGGUGUUAUGCUGUGGUGAUUGCGGUUUUUGUGAUUGUUGCUGAGACGGAGUGGUCGUUUGUUACUAAAUUCUGGAAGGUACUGGAGUAUUGGGCUGGCAGAGGCAUGCUGCAAAUUUUUGUUGCUGUUAUGACAAGAGCAUAUCCUGAUACAUACGCGGAGCGACACGAGAUUCUUCUUCUACAAGACAUAGCCAGUUACACGCUCCUCGCUUGUGGCUUGAUUUAUGUUGUUUCAGGAGUCCUCUGUCUUGGUUUUCUCAAACGGGCUCGCCAAAACAAAGAAGUUUCAGCACAGCAAGCCGUUAAAGAUCUGCAGGAACUUGAGCGACGCCGAGCUGAACUUGAAGCACUGCUGAUCGUUGAUACCCCAUGAUGCAGAUAUCAAACCAAAAACGCGCGACUAUUAUGCUAUAACUAUAAUGAAGUAAAGUGAGUGACUUUGUUAUUUCCUUGGUUUUGGUUGUAUGAAAACUGAAUUUGAAUCUGUUAGUGCUUAUUUCUGAUGAUUGCAGGAUGUAAUUAGCAUUUUUUUGAUGCUAGGAAUUGUUUGUAUUUAUUCCAUUUACCUUUUAAAUUUUGUUAAAGUUAUGUCA